UUCCUUGUCUCAAAGCACAGAGGUCAAAUCACCGGGUAUAUAAGAAAGUUGCUGAUCGAUAACAUUUUGUAGUUGAUCUCGUAUCUUGAACGAACUCACGACAAACAAAAAUGAAAUUCAUCUAUUUCUUAUUUUCUGUUGUCGCUUUGACUGCAUGUGUGUAUGCCAACGACCAAGAAGUCUACUUACCUUCAGAUUGCUAUAGACCUGUCGAAUACCACCCGAAUGGAAUUGCUUGUAUGGCCCUCAUUCCUGUAUGGAGGUGGGACGUCAGAGAAGAAGCUUGUGUACGUGACACCUACGGAGGAUGCAACCCCACCAACAACAAUUUCCCCACCUUGAAAGAAUGUAACCAAGUUGCUAGACCCGUUUGUGAAAAUUCUAGUGAAGAAGUAUUUCGGCCUACUAACAAUUAGUUAAAUAAAAGUUUUAAAAAAAUUUUAAA